CAUCACAGAGCCUGUUGCGCGUACCGCGAACAGAUAUCGCUGACUGUUGGGUUUUGUCAAAGUGUCUUUUUUUUUUUUUCGCGCGAGUUCGCAAAAUCAUGAGACUUCUUGUUCUUCUAGCUACUUUGGUGGCUGCGGUAUGGGCUUCUUACGAGGAAGAUCACGGCGGUAGCACCUAUCACGAAACAUCCAAGCCAGUGGAGAUACCGAUCUACAAGAAAUACGCGAUACCGAUUCCACAUCCGGUUCCUGUUCCGGUUCCUCAACAAAUUAAGGUUCCGAUACCUCAGCCCUACCAGGUUCAAGUCGCGAUUCCGCAUCCGGUUCCCGUGGAAGUCGUCAAACACGUUGAAAUUCCCAUAGAAAAGCCGGAGCCAUAUGUUGUGGAAAAAAAGGUACCGUACGUCGUCGAGAAGCCAUAUCCAGUAACGGUAGAGAAGCACUUUCCAGUGCCGAUACCUAAACCAUAUCCAGUUCAUGUGCCAAUCUACAAGCAUGUUUUCCACCAUCAGAGCUCGAAACAUGGCUGGAAGCAUUGAUCGAUAAAUUUAAACGAUUCUCUUUAGUAUCUUUAUACCAAAGUAGCAAUAAAUUAAUCAAGCAGCAGUAGAUCUUAAGCAUUGUGAUGUUUGUACAUAAUUUUUUGUUAUGUAUAUUAAUGUUAUAUUUGCUGAAAUAUAUUGUUUUCUUUUA